AUGUCGCGCCGCCCCUUCCUCCUGCUCCUCCUCGUCCCCCUGGUUGCCUCCAUUGCGCAGCCCCUUCCGCCGAACACCUCCCCCGGCGCCGGCUCCACCACGGCGGUUCUACUCUCCUUCGUCGCCGCGCUUCCCCCGGCCGCCCAGCGCGUCCUCCGUCCGACAUGGCUGCGGCGCCACCGGACCGGCGGCAACUCGUCCUCCCCCUUCGCCAUCUACCGGCGCCACCACCACCGUCACUGCGCGUUUCUUGGCGUCACGUGCUCCGCCGCCGGCGCCGUGAUCGCGAUCAACCUCUCCAGCACGGGGCUCUCCGGCGCUCUCGGCGCGUCCGCGCCGCGCCUCUGCGCGCUCCCGGCGCUCGCCGCGCUUGACCUCAGCCGGAACAACCUCACGGGCGCCGUUCCCGCCGCGCUCGCCGCGUGCUCCGCCGUCACCACGCUCGUCCUCGCCUUCAACUUCCUCGCGGGCGCCGUCCCCGCGGAGCUCCUCUCCUCGCACCGUCUCCGGACGAUCGACCUCAACACCAACGCGCUCACCGGGGAGAUCCCCGCCGCUCCCUCCGGCUCCUCGCUCCUCGUGUACCUCGACCUCAGCGCCAACUCACUCUCCGGCGUCAUCCCUCCGGAGCUCGCCGCGCUCCCGGAGCUCACCUACCUGGACCUGAGCAGCAACAACCUGUCCGGCCCAGUGCCGGAGUUCUCAGCUCCGUGCGGGCUGCUCUACCUCAGCCUCUUCUCGAACCAGCUCGCCGGUGAGCUCCCCCGCAGCCUCGCCAACUGCUGCAACCUCACCGUCCUGUAUCUACCCAACAACAACAUCAGCGGCGAGGUGCCCGAUUUCUUCGCCUCCACGCCGAACUUGCAGAAACUGUACCUUGGCAACAACGCGUUCACCGGCGCAUUGCCGGCAAGCAUCGGCGAGCUUUUGAACCUGGAAGAAUUGGUGGUGUCGAGUAACUGGUUCACCGGCUCCGUCCCCUAUACAAUCGGGCAGUGCCAGUCCUUGACACUGCUCUACUUGAACGGCAACUGCUUCACCGGCUCAAUCCCACCAUGUAUCGGCAACCUGAGCCUACUGCACAAGUUUUCUGUCGCGGACAACAGCCUCACCGGGAGAAUUCCGCCGGAAAUCAGGAGCUGCCGUGGACUGGUGGAGCUUGAGCUCCAGAACAACAGCCUCUCCGGCACGAUACCGCCGGAGAUCGCCGAGCUCAGCCUGCUGCAAAAGCUGUAUCUGUUCAACGACAUGCUCCACGGCCCGGUUCCUCCAGCACUGUGGCAACUGGCUGGCAUGGUGGAGCUGUACCUCAACAACAACAGCCUAGGUGGCCAGAUACAUCCAGGCAUCACUCGCAUGAGGAACCUGAGAGAGAUCACCUUGUACAGCAACAACUUCACCGGCGAGCUGCCGCAAGCCCUGGGGCUCAACACCACGCCGGGAAUCCUCCGCGUCGACCUCACCGGCAACCGCUUCCACGGCGCGGUCCCUCCUGGCCUGUGCACAGGAAGCCAGCUCGCCGUCCUUGAUCUUGGAUACAACCGAUUCCAUGGAAGAUUUCCCAGUGAGAUUGCCAAAUGCCAGUCUCUGUAUGGGAUCAACCUGAACAACAACAGGAUCAGUGGGAGCUUACCUGCAGACCUGGCCACGAACAGAGGGCUGUCGUACAUCGACAUGAGUAACAACCUUCUUGAAGGAAGGAUACCAGGCGUGAUCGGCUCAUGGAGCAACCUCACCAUGAUCGACCUCUCGCGCAACACCUUCUCUGGUCCAAUACCCCACGAGCUCGGCGCUCUGAGCAAUCUUGUGACCCUGCGAGUGUCGUCGAACACGCUGACAGGAUCGAUACCACAUGAACUAGGAAACUGCAAACGGCUUGUUUGCUUAGACCUUGGAAACAACCUUCUGAAUGGAAGUUUGCCGGCGGAGAUCACAGCUCUUGGCAGCCUGCAAAGCCUCCUACUCGGCGGCAACAAGCUCACCGGGGCAGUACCGGAUUCCUUCGCCGCGACGCAGGCCCUCCUUGAGCUGCAGCUUGGUGACAAUCAUUUUGAAGGAGCCAUCCCACACAGCUUGGGCAAUCUUCAGUACAUCUCUAAAACCCUGAACAUGAGCAGCAACAGACUGAGCGGCCAGAUCCCAAGCAGCCUCGGCAACCUUCAGGGCCUGGAAGUGCUGGACCUGUCCAAGAACUCGUUGUCCGGCCCGAUCCCGCCGCAGCUGAGCAACAUGAUCUCCCUUCUGGCCGUGAACGUGUCGCUCAACGAGCUGUCCGGCCAGCUCCCUGCCGGCUGGGCUAAGCUGGCAGCACAGUCGCCUGAAGGCUUCUCAGGGAACCCUCAGCUGUGCAUUCAGUCUGACAGUGCACCUUGCUCCAACAAGAACCAGUCCCUGAAAAACAGAACCAGAAAUGCACGGAUCGUCGUUGCAUUGCUACUUCCAACUCUUGCCAUCAUCGCUGCCAGCAUGUUCCUCCUCCACCACGUCGCGAAGAGGUCGUCGCGGCGCCGAUCAGCCCGGCGCGCCUCGAUCCGCAGCAUGGACUCGACGGAGGAGCUGCCGGAGGACCUGACCUACGAGGACAUCCUCCGGGCGACCGACAACUGGAGCGAGAGGUACGUGAUCGGGCGAGGCCGGCACGGCACGGUGUACCGCACGCAGAGCAAGCUCGGGAGGGAGUGGGCGGUGAAGACGGUGGACCUGUCCCACGGCAAGUUCCCGGUGGAGAUGAAGAUCCUCAACACGGUGAGGCACCGGAACGUCGUCAGGAUGGCCGGGUACCACAUCCGCGGCGGCGCCGGGCUGAUCCUCUACGAGUACAUGCCCGAGGGGACGCUCUUCGAGCUGCUGCACGGGAGGAAGCCUCAGGUGGCCCUCGACUGGACUGCCCGGCACCAGAUCGCCCUUGGUCUGGCCCAGGGCCUCUCCUACCUGCAACAGGACUGCGUGCCCAUGAUCGUCCACAGGGACGUCAAGUCGAGCAACGUGCUGAUGGACGCCGACAUGGUGCCCAAGCUCGCCGACUUCGGCAUGGGGAAGAUCGUCGGCGACGAGGACGCGGACGCCACGGUUUCCGUCAUCGUUGGCACCCUCGGCUACAUCGCGCCAGAGCAUGGAUACUCCACGAGGUUAACCGAGAAGAGCGACGUGUACAGCUACGGGGUGGUGCUGCUCGAGCUCCUGUGCAGGAAGAUGGCUGUGGACUCCGUGUUUGGAGACGGCGUUGACAUCGUGACAUGGAUGAGGUCGAGCAUGAAGCAGGCAGAUCAUCGCCCCGCCGCCAUGAACUGCUUGGAUGAGGAGAUUGUCUACUGGCCUGAAGAUGAGCAGGCCAAGGCACUGGACUUGCUUGAUCUAGCCAUUUCCUGCACGCAGGCGGCUUGCCAGUCGAGGCCUUCCAUGAGAGAGGUGCUGAACACUUUGGUGAGGAUGGAUAUGUAA